GCUUCAAACCGAAAUUAGCAAACACAGCGUGCAGAAGACGACCAUUUAAGCAUACGUACCUCAUACCCCCCAAAGCCCAAAGCUAAAAACAGUGUGUUGCUUUCCUACCCUAAAACAUCCCAAUACCACCACCCCCUCUACCUUUCUCACGACAUACUUAGUACCAUGAAGAACGUUUUCGUCCUCCUUAUAAUUUCCUUUCUGAGGCCAGUUUCAAGCACCCCUCCUCAUCUCAAGUAUGACUCAAUUUUCAGCUUUGGUGAUUCACUUGCCGAUACCGGAAAUCUUCUCCUAUCUGGAGCCCGGACAUUCCCAUUCAUCGCAAAGCUUCCUUACGGCCAAACAUUCUUUCACUACCCGACCGGCCGCUGCUCAGAUGGCCGCCUCAUCGUUGAUUUCAUUGCCGAGGCAUCCGGGCUACCUUAUCUACCACCAUAUUUGGCAGUUGCUAAAGGUGAAACAUUCGAGCACGGCGUGAAUUUUGCAGUGGCUGGAGCCACUGCGCUGGAUGCAAAAUUCUUCUAUUCUCGCAACAUUGGAUCACAGCUCCUGUUGACAAAUGACUCAUUAAGUGUUCAACUUGGCUGGUUCAGCAAGCUCAAGUCCACCCUGAUUUGCUCCACUAAACAAGAUUGUGCCAGGCGUUUUGAGAAAUCGCUGUUUCUGGUGGGGGAGAUUGGUGGUAACGACUACAACUACCCCUUCUUUGCUGGAGGAACAAUUCAACAGCUCAAAGCAUUGGUGCCGCUUGUAGUUGAAACAAUUGCUAAUGCCACGAGUGUGUUAAUAGAGGAAGGAGCAGUGGAGUUGAUGGUGCCGGGCAACUUGCCGAUUGGGUGCAACGCGGUGUACCUGACCCUAUUCAGGACUCCUAACAAAACAGCGUAUGAUCGAAACGGGUGUCUGAAAGCAUACAAUAGUUUCUCCAAGUACCAUAAUUCCAAUCUCAAACUCGCCCUGGAAAACCUAAGACACAAAUACCCUCAUGCAAAGAUCAUUUAUGCUGACUAUUACGCUGCUGCUAUCAAAUUCUUCCAUGCCCCCCAUCAUUAUGGAUUCUGGAACGGGGCUUUGGUGGCCUGCUGCGGAGGAGGUGGGCCGUACAAUUUCAAUAAUUCAGCUAUAUGUGGAAGCCCUGGAAGCAAGACCUGUUUGGAUCCGACAACGUAUGCUAACUGGGAUGGAAUCCAUCUAACUGAGUCAGCCUACCGAGUUAUUACUAUGGGCUUAGUCAAUGGACCCUUCACUCAUCCACCGCUCACCUUCCCUCCUAUAAAACCUUUUUGAGCUUUUCCAUCUAAUGAUCUCAAACUGAAGUUUCUUGAAAACCCUUCUUUUCUUUUCCUUUUUGUUUGCUAAAUAAAAGGGGUAAGUGGUACUUGUAAUAUCCAAAUCGUGAAAUUUAACGGCCAUAUACCUACGUAUAGUUAAUGUACUCAAUAAUCACUUCAAAUUUAACAUAA